UUAGAGAGUAGAGAGAGAGAGAGAGAGAGAGAGAGAGAGUCAGUCUUUUUACCCAGAAGACAAAAAAAAAAAAAAAAGUUUAAUUUUUUUUUUUAAUUUUUAAAUUUUAAGUUCUUUCAGGGAAUUAAAUCGAAUUAUCUUCCACUUUGGCUCAAGAUGAUAGCCUAUCUCGAGCGUUUCGUCCACGAAAACGACACCGAAUCGAAGCAAGACGACGACGUUUCCACCAUUUGCAAUGCUCUCGACCUACAAGCCAGCAUCGACAGCUGGGCCGCCGCCGCCGCCAGAGCCGAGGCGAGCAAAGAUUUCGGCGGCAUUCAAUCCGUUAAACCCUUGGCUUUCUUGAGACCAUCCGGCGCCGACGACGUAGCGCGGGUGGUCAAGGCUGUGGCCAGCUUACCCAAUCUGACGGUCGCCGCUCGCGGCAACGGCCACUCGAUCAACGGCCAGGCCAUGGCCGAUCGGGGACUCGUGCUCGACAUGCGUUCUCUCGACGACCGCUUCCGCGUGUCCAGUUUCAGCGACGGCUCCGCCUACGCCGACGUCUCCGGUGGGGCAUUAUGGGAAGAUGUAUUGCGACGGUGUUUGGAGUUCGGCCUCGCUCCCAGGUCUUGGACCGAUUACCUCAGCUUAACGGUCGGAGGGACGUUAUCUAACGCUGGCGUUAGCGGCCAGACCUUCCGUUAUGGACCGCAGACCUCAAACGUAACGGAAUUGGAAGUCGUUAACGGUAAAGGCGAGACCUUGAUUUGUUCCGAAACCGAAAACUCGGACCUCUUCUUCGGGUCCCUGGGCGGGCUUGGUCAGUUCGGUAUCAUUACCCGGGCUAGGGUUUUGCUACAGCCAGCUCCGGACAUGGUGAGAUGGAUAAGAUUAGUGUACACUGAGUUUGAAGAUUUCACUAGAGACGCUGAGUUUCUGGUGACUCUGCCGGAAAACGAUUCGUUUGAUUACGUGGAAGGCUUCGUCUUCUCAAACAACGAUAACCCAUUAACGGGUCGACCCACGGUUCCAUUACACCCGGACGAAGAAUUCGACCCGACCCGACUCCCUCGCACCGCCGGAUCGGUUCUCUAUUGUCUUGAAUUAGCUCUUCACUACAACAACACUGACCACCCUUCAACUGUUGAUACGGCUGUGAGUCGACUGGUGGCGGGGCUGGGAUUCGUGGAGGGAUUGGAGUUUCAGGUGGACCUCAGCUACAUGGAAUUCUUGCUACGUGUGAAACGUGCGGAGGAAGACGCCAAAGCCAACGGUAUGUGGGACGCGCCUCACCCAUGGUUGAACAUGUUCGUCUCAAAAUCUGACGUGUCUGAGUUCGAUCGCGUGGUGUUCAAAAACAUCUUGAAGGAAGGCGUUGGUGGGCCCAUGUUGAUCUAUCCUUUACUUCGUAGCAAGUGGGAUAGUCGUACAUCGACAGUGAUACCAGAAGGUGAAAUUUUUUACUUGGUGGCAUUAUUACGAUUUAGUCCUCCACACCCAAAGGGUCCUUCGGUUGAUAAAUUGGUUGAUCAAAACAAGGGAAUUGUUCAAUAUUGCUUGUCAAAUGGCUUUGAUUUUAAGCUCUACUUACCUCAUUAUCAAUCGGAGAAGGAGUGGAAAAGACACUUCGGAGAUAAACAAUGGUCGAUAUUCGUCGAGAGGAAAGAAAAAUUCGAUCCUAAGGCGAUCCUCGCGCCUGGCCAGAGAAUUUUUUCGAGGAAGAAUCAGUCUUGAUCACGAUCAAUAAUUAAGGUUCUUUAUCAUUAAUUAUGAAUGUGUAAUAGUACUAUUAAAAUUAAUGUAACAUGGCAUAUGUAAUCAAGUGUUGGUGGUCGGUUCAAAGUGUUAUCGAUCUAUUGACAAGAAGAAAAAAAUGUUAUGAAAAGAAAAAAAAAUGUUAUUGUUGGAGCAAUAUGUAAAUGAAUAUAUUUGGAGCUAGCCAAGCCGAAAUUUUGAUA